AUAGUUUCCCAGCCACGACCGCUCCCACCUCUAGAUCCUCCUUUUCGAAUUUCUCGUGGAAAACGCCAACAUGGGUUUCGCUACUCUCUGGUACUCGCACCCCCGCAAAUACGGCCAAGGCUCCCGAUGCUGCCGUGCCUGCUCUAACCGCCACGGUCUGAUCCGCAAGUAUGGCCUGAACAUCUGCCGUCAGUGCUUCAGGGAGUACGCCAACGACAUUGGCUUCAAGAAGCUGGACUAGAGGUCCUCUUCGCCUUCAGGCACGCCUAGAGCGUGUCGCAACAACAUUCGGCAUAUUAGUAAACGCAGUCGCCUCGGAUGAUGGGGGGACUUCGUAUAUUAAUAUGCCGGCAGCAACAGCAGCAGCAGCAACAACAUAUAAUCAUUUGGAGAAUUAAGCGACGACGAAGCUAAAACGUGUGUACCACAACAGUAAUCUCCUGAGCAAGAAACCAGGAGCGGCCCUUCUGCUUUCUUGCUCAACGGGAGAACACACGACAAAGCUAAAACGUGUGCAUCACAACAUCUGGCAUCGAUUUCACAAUAAUCUUCCGAGCAAGAAAGCAGGAGCGGCCCUUCUGCUUUCUUGCUUAACGCCAGAGCACACAGGAUUCUAACAGUUGCCGCCUUUCAAGAAGGAUCUUUGUUAAAAUACCAGUUUGUUUAAAUCUCCAUCUAAUUAAAUCCAUAACAAGAACCAUGUA